UAUUAUGUAAAAUCAAGGUUUUAGGAGUUGACUCUCAACUCUCAACUCUCAAGGAGUCAAGGGUUAGCAGAACUGGUGAUAAUGAAUACAUAAAUCUGUAGCAGGCGGUUAGGGUUCCUGAGUUGCAGUUGAAGAAGAUAAAGAAAAGAUAAUUCUAUACAAAAUGCGAAAGCCGUGGUGCCAGACUUUCCUGGCAUCCAUUCUGAAAUUUUUGAAUUUUCUCCAGGCUUUCGCUGGAGUAUCCAUCACCGUAUACUCUUUUUACAUGCUCAACCAGUGGCAGCGCCGCCGAGCGGCUCCUCCGGCAGCUCCGUCGCCGCAAUUUUCGGCCGCCCAAUUGGUGAAUCUAGUUGGUGUUUCUGAUGAGAUAACAACACUUGGUUUCUCCUUUUCAGGUCUAGCUGGUGACCUCAACUUCAAUUUCAAUUCGCUCCCUGCUCCUUGGUUUAUAUAUGCAUUUAUGGGAGUAGGCGUGUUAUUGUGUUGUAUCACUUGCAUUGGUCAUAUUGGUGCUGAAGCAAUUAAUACUUGUUGCCUUUGUUGUUAUUCUCUUUUAAUUACUGUGUUACUUCUCUUGGAAGUAAGUUUGGUGGCAUUCAUUUUACUGGAUCACCAUUGGGAAAAGGAUCUUCCAAUAGACCCAACAGGAGAAGUUGCUAGCUUAUGCAACUUUAUUAAAGACAACAUUGAUGUUUGCAAGUGGGUUGGCAUUGUGGUGAUUAUAAUUCAGGCUUUAUCCUUGCUUCUUGCUAUAAUACUCAGAGCAUUGGCUAACCAAAGAGUGGACAAUGAUAUUGAGGGAGGUUUUGAUGUCAGGGAAGGAUCAUCUCUUGCUCCUUGUCUAAACCGAACAUCUGGGUUGACACAAGGUGGCAGUAGGUCAGGGCAUUCUGGUAUCUGGAGUUUGCGGUUGAGAGAAAAGUAUGGAUUGAACAACAGCGGGUGUAGUUAUAAUGGACAGAACAAAGACAUGUCAGUUGCAAGCUCAAGCCAAUAAGGAUUACUGAUUCACAGAAGCGCGUAAAUGGCACUGACUAAAACCGAGCAGUACACUUUGUUCUCUAUAAUUUGUUGGAUGGCUUUCAGUUUGUAUUGUGUAUUCCCAGUUUUUGUGUAAAUGUUUCAGUAGAAGGGAGUGAUGAAAUACUCAUACAAGUACAGCAGAUGUAUAGACAACACCAGUGUAAGUAUUGAUGAGAUGUGAUGUGUUUUGGUCAGCUGAAUUAGACCGUUUGUGUGAAAUUCAAUCUUUUUGGCAUAAGGAACUUGAAGUUCUUAAAAA